UCCUUUUGCCUCGAGGAGUUUGAACGCCUUGAUUCUCACUGAAAACUCUCGUCGUGAUCAGUGAAAUCAUGUCUGCAUCAGCGGCUAAAGUCAGUAAAAAGGAACUCAACUCGAACCACGAUGGAGCGGACGAGACCUCGGAAAAAGAGCAACAGGAAGCCAUUGAGCACAUUGAUGAAGUACAGAAUGAAAUUGACAGACUGAACGAGCAAGCGAGUGAGGAAAUUCUCAAAGUUGAACAGAAAUACAACAAACUUCGCCAGCCGUUCUUUCAGAAGAGGUCAGAACUCAUAGCCAAAAUACCAAAUUUUUGGGUCACAACAUUUGUCAACCAUCCACAAGUCUCAGCUCUUCUUGGUGAGGAGGAUGAGGAGGCGCUGCACUAUCUGACCAGAGUAGAGGUGACGGAGUUUGAAGACAUUAAAUCAGGCUACAGAAUAGAUUUUUAUUUCGAUGAAAACAUGUAUUUUGAGAACAAAGUCCUCUCCAAAGAAAUUCACCUGAACGAAAGUGGAGACCCAACCUCAAAGUCAACAGAGAUCAAAUGGAAGCCAGGAAAGGACCUCACGAGCCGCUCCAGUCAGACACAGAGUAAAGCUGGCAAGAAGAGACAACACGAAGAACCAGAGAGUUUCUUUACCUGGUUUUCAGAUCAUGCAGAUUCAGGAGCGGACGAAUUGGGCGAAGUUAUUAAAGAUGACAUUUGGCCAAAUCCUCUACAGUACUACCUGGUCCCAGAUAUGGAGGACGAGGAAGGAGAGGGGGAGGAUGAGGAUGAAGAUGAGGAGGGUCUUGAUGAUAUCGAUGAGGAGGGUGAAGAUGAUGGAGAGGAAGAGGAUGAUGAUGAUGGCGAGGAUGAGGGUGAGGAUGACUGAAGCUGGAAUGAGGAUUAUUAUUCCAGUCCCAAAUUGCUUUAUUGGCUUUUGUUUUUGGGGAGCAAGAUGCUUCUUUUUUCCUCUUCAGAUUGUUUUUUGUUUUGAGCUCCAUCUAUUCCUCUUCAAUGAAAUUGCCAUGUUGAAGUUCCCCAAACAGACUCCUAAUAAACUGACUGUAAAUCCCGCCAACAUGGCAUUUACCAUCUCAAUUCCCAAAUGCAUUUCGAGGUAAAAAGCAAAACACUGUAGUAUCGGCAGCAGCCAUCUGGAGUAGACUUGCGAAUAGUGUUUUUGUUUGUGUUGUUUUUUUUUAUAAAUAUAUAUGUACAAAUAUGUAUAAUUUUCUUCCUGUUAAAGUUGUGUUGUUAAUUGAACCGAAGCCAUGGUGCGCAGUGAUCUGCUAGCUCUAGCAUUCUCCAGGGUUUUCUUUCUUUUUUGUGUUCAAACCCUUCAUGGUUUAAUCAGCAGGUAGAAACUGGUUGUUACCUCUUGUGGGCUGAGGAAAGAGGGUAUAUGGACACCACCUUUUGAGUUUUUGAUUUUUAUCUUGUCUUGUUUUACAGACAUCCACCAGAUUUGAAAUGACAUUUUUGAUAAAGAAAAUAAAAUCUUCAAAAACAGUAGCCUAAUCAUGCUUGUAAAUUGACCUCACUGUCUGUAUUACCGUAAACUUUCAACUGUUUAGUUAAUUGUUCUAAUAAAACACCAUGUUUGGGAUUCAUCUAGUGGCAAAGAAAA